AUGCCUGCAAUCCAGGUACGUGGUGUAGUGAACGCUCCCUCAUCGCAGCGGGCGGCAGCGCCAAAGCCGGCGCCUGGGCAGGAGGAGCCGCUGCCAGCUUCUACGGCCGACAUGGCGCCGCCGCCGACGACGACGACGCGUGCUACCAGUGCGGAGUUCGGCGACGAGGACGAGCAGGUGGAGAAGUUCUACGAGCUGCUGGCCAACAUCCGGGCCUUGAGGGCCAUGCACGCGAGAGGAAGCGGCAACGCAGACGCGAGCACGGACGACACUGCCAGUGACAAGGUAUGUGACGGCGUGAGGAAGCGGGCGCGGUGGGCGGAGCAGCCGUGGCGGCCGACGUUCAGGAUGGAGGAUUUCGAGGAGGCGCCAGGCGGCAGCGCGUCCAAGAAGGACACGAGGGACGACGAAGGCGCCGCUACGAGCCGGUGGCCGGGGAAGAAGACGACGGAUGAAACGGCGGAUGGUGAGAGUGACGACGCGUGAAGGAAAGGCCGUCUGGGCGUCGUCAUGUCGUCUUCAGAGAAGAAAGUUUGACAUUUGUUUGUCCUGAAUCCUGAUGCUGUAGCUGCCUG